GUUAUUUCAAUUUGGAGACCUCUCCCUACGAGAACCCAGCAGACGAAGAACACUGGAAGACGGAUUAUAACAAACUGGCAGCUCUGGUGUCGGGCUCACAGCUAGCCGGAGGCACGACAAACCCAUGCCUGAAAGCAACGCACGUCUGCAACCUGAGCAAGAAGUGCGUCCGUCUGCGCACAGACUAUGCCUCGAUCUGCACCAGGGGAGCUGGAAGCGAGGACAUCUGUGACCGUCGCAAAUGCCACCGAGGGUUGAGGAAUUUCUUUGAGAAAGUCCCUGAGGAUUUCACCAAAAGGAUCCUGUUCUGUCCGUGUCAAGAUGAACUUUGUGGAGAACGACGCCGGAAAACUAUUGUUCCAAACUGCUCCUUCCAGUAUAACACCAAACCCAACUGCCUCUGGCUGCUGGACUCCUGCUUGGAAGACCACAUCUGCAAAUCCCGGCUGGCUGACUUCCAACAGAACUGCCAACCUGCAGACACGUCCCCGGACGGUUGCUCUCAGCACAGCCGCGCCGCGUGCCUGCAGGCCUACAUGGGGAUGAUCGGCACGCCCAUGACACCCAACUACAUCAGCAACUCCAGUGUGGAGGUGUCCCUGUGGUGCACGUGCGAGAGCAGCGGCAACCAGAAGGAGAAGUGCGACCAGAUACUCGGCAUGUUUGAGAGCAACAAAUGCCUGGAAAACACCAUUUGGUCCCAAAUGCACCCGAAGCAGCCAGCUCUGGAAAGGCAGGAAGAUGUGUUCUAUUCAUCCUCCCUGAGCUUCCAAGGUGACAGCGCCAGCACAUCUCUGGCUUCAGAGGUGGCCCAGGUGGCUGAAGGGAAGGCACAGCGGGACAUCUCUGAACACAGCAGUAUGCCCAUGGCCGCCUCUGUGUACUCUGGAGCUGCUGUUCCUUGGCCGUCCUUGGCUCUGCUCUUGCCCCUGUUGCUGAGCCCACGUUAACUUGGCAUAAACGGCUUAUUUCCUUCCCAUAUUAUAAACCUUAUUCUCUAUCCAGACACCUCCCACUACUGAUU